UGCUCACAGUCGCUCCUGCUCCGUCCGAAACGAGAGAACCGAGCGCUGUCCCGCUGAGGUUCUCCGGUCACAACCGGGAUAUUAACCAUUAAUUCGCGGCGUGUUCAGAGUAGGACACAUCUCAUCGUUCCAGGAUGACGCAGGAGAAUAUUUUCCUCUUCGUUCCUAAUUUAAUCGGUUACGCCCGUGUGGUGUUGGCACUGGUGUCCUUCUUCCUGAUGCCCUGCUGUCCAUGGCCUGCCGUCUUCUUCUACCUGCUCAGCGCUCUCCUCGAUGCCUUCGACGGUCACGCCGCACGAGCGCUCAAUCAGUCCACAAAAUUUGGAGCCAUGAUGGACAUGCUGACGGACCGCUGUGCCACCAUGUGUCUGCUGGUCAACCUGUCUCUGCUCUACCCUUCCUACACCUUCCUGUUCCAGCUCAGUAUGUGUCUGGACAUUGCCAGCCACUGGCUGCACCUGCACAGCUGCACCAUAAAGGGCUCAGCGAGUCACAAGACCAUCGACCUGUCUGGAAACCCCAUCCUCCGGCUGUACUACACGUCGAAGCCGGUGCUGUUUGUGAUGUGUGCCGGGAACGAGCUCUUCUUCUGUCUGCUCUACAUACUUUAUCACAUCGAGAACCCUGCUGCCUGGCUCUACUUGCUGCAGGGUAUCUGUGCCAUCAUCUGCCUGCUGAAGUCCAGCAUCAGUGUCCUGCACCUCAUCACUGCCUCGCAAAACAUGGCUGCCAUGGACAGCGCCGACCGGAGGAACAUCAUGAAGAGGCACUGAGAGGCGGAGGGCAGUUGUUGUAGGAAGGGUGACGCUGGGGGGUCAGAGUGAACAACAGAUAAAAAUCCAGACAGUUGUGAGUCUGAAAGUUUCCUGCGGGUGUUUUCUGGUCUGGUUUGUUUUAUGCACAUGGUGACAUUUGUUUUUUAUUGUGUUUAUAUUUAAAAUUAGUUAUUUUUUCACAGCAGCUUUGGAUUAUUAAGAGUUAUGUACACAAUCACGUUUUAGAUCAACGUUCCCAGACUUUUCUCCUGACCCUCACGAAUAAUGAAUCCAACUAGCGCUGGUCGAAGUAUCAUUCCAUUAAACCGGUUAAACGAGGUCCUGAAGAUAACUUGGCAAACCCAAGAACAUUUGAACUUUUCUAAUUAUUUCAGGCUGUUUUUGUUUCUCAGAACAAGUCAAAUGAUCACAUUCUCACAUGAAUUUCUUUUAAAUGUAAUUAUAUUUCUGGAGAUCGUCUCUCGAUGCUUGGCUUGGUGCCUUCAGACCCGCUGUGGAGUCUCCACUCGUUUUUAUGGAGCCAAAGUUCAGAAGGAAUCCAUCAUGUAGGGUGCAGGAUGGUUUUCAUCCACAAGGGGGCAAUAAAGCAAGAAGCUUUCUUUUUUUCCCGCUAUUUUGUCAUAAGCCUGUCACAUGAUUUAAUUAUCCAUAUUUUUCAUACAAAUGAAUAAAAACUGUCCAGUUAUUUUGCCUUUAUUUCCAAAGAAAUCCCAGUAAUCCGUUCAGUCUGACAUCACAAGAAAAUUCAGAUUAUUUCAGCUUUGUUAGCGUCUGCUCAGUAAUAUGAGAAACAAUUGAAUUGUUUACUUGUUUAGCUAAAAUUAUUUUAAAAAGCUGUUGUAGUUGUCCACGUGCUGACAGGUCGUCUGGCAUACUCCUGGAAACAGAAGCGUUUCUAGGAUUAAACUUAAUUUCUCAUUUAUUUUUGGGUUUAUGGUUCAGUGGUAAGUUUUAUUUUUAUUUUUUUUAUUAAAAAUGAAUUGUAGAAAGUCUGUUUUAUUCCUAAAUCUUUUGGCUAUUUAGUUGCAUUUGAGCUGUCGUUUGAUGUUUAGGUUAUCAGGAGAUUUCUGCUCAUGUUUGCGCUACUUGAUGAUGGUUUUCUGGCACUCAUUUGAAAUGUUUUGUAGCUGUUUUUAUUAUAUUUGUUUUCUUUUUCUGUCUUUAUUGAUUUGGACACAAAUACAGAAGGCCAUAGUAGAUGAUACCUCACACAAGAGCAUCAAGUAUUAUCGUCUGAGCUCCAAGAUUAUAAAACUGUCUGUAAAGGAAAGUGAAUGUGCUAAACUAUAUUUGUAUCUGAUAAAUAUACACAAGACAAGGAUAUGGUUUUAUUUAAGAUAAUGAUGUAAUUUAAAUAUAAUGUUUCUGUUGUGUUUUUAAAGUUACUGUAAAAGCAAUAUAAAGACAUGGUGACAAAA